AGCCCCCUUUUGUUUACCUCCCUCUCCCGCUUUCCCUCUCGCUGCGCAGUUUCUGCUUUUCACAGCAUUUUGCAUGACAGUGGCAAUCUGUGAGGAUUACCCAGUUUGUGGGCUAAAAAAAAAAGGAUACUGUAGCUUGGGUGCUAAAUCUGACUCAAAGCAGAACUGAAGUCAUGGGCUCCGUUUCUAACCAGGAAUUCCCAGGAGUGUGUAAGACCGAGGAGGAUGAGGGACCAAGCACCGAGGAGGAUUCACAGUCUUUCCACGGGGUCGGCGUGUGUAAAUGGUUCAAUGUCCGCAUGGGCUUCGGGUUCCUGUCCAUGACCAACCGUGAGGGAGUGCCACUGGACGAGCCGGUUGAUGUAUUUGUCCAUCAGAGCAAGUUGCACAUGGAGGGCUUCCGUAGCCUAAAGGAAGGUGAGGCAGUUGAGUUUACCUUCAAGAAGUCAUCAAAGGGCCUGGAGUCGCAGAGAGUUACCGGACCAGACGGCAUCCACUGUGUGGGCAGUGAAAGGAGACCCAAAGGCAAGAAGGUCCAGAAGCGACGUUUGAAGGGAGAUAGGUGCUACAACUGCGGAGGCCUGGACCACCAUGCUAAAGAGUGCAAGCUACCACCCCAGCCCAAGAAGUGCCAUUUCUGCCAGAGCAUCGACCACAUGGUUGCCAACUGCCCAAUCAAAGCACAACAGUCCUCACCAGGUUCUCAGGGAAAACCGUCCUCCUUGAAAGGUGACGAGGAGGAGCACAGCCUUUCGGCCCCGCCACCCGAGACCUCCGAUUAAGCUAUAAAUUGGGCAACAUUGACGCCGGGGAAGCACAGAGGCCAAUCAAAUUGCUUUGAUGGAGAGACGGGACACAUGGAUCCCCUUCCACCUGUUGAAGCUGCUUUUGGAACUACCUCAGGUUAAAAAAAAAAAAUUGCUGAUGAAGAAUGUUGCUAAAGUUUUGUUUGUUUUUAGUUGGUGUAACACUCAGGAAUACGGCUGUAUUAUUGCACCGAGGACGCUUUCUAAAUGUUUGAAUCACUGCUGUUUUAAGAGGUUUGAGGUUGUAGUGAGCAAUGCCAUAUGACGGAUUAUCUUGAGUUUUUGUAGACUGUUUUCUUUUAUGUGAAGCUGUGCCCCUUCUGUGGGCAUUAUACCUCUUUUAUUUUUGCGCAAUACUCAGUGUGUUUAGUACUUUUGCUGCCUUACCAUUAAGUCUUCUUCCUGACUGUUAAACCUCGCUAUCCGACAAGGCAGAGACGUGACAGUUUGUACCUCUGUAAUGAAUGUUAGUUUGCAUAUCGCAUGGGGAAGGGGAGGGUUUGUGAAAACAUGGGACGGGUUUUAGGGUAUAACUACAGGCAAUGUAUUGGCAUUUGCCAAUAUUGCAAUUGACCAUCCAGUUUUCCUGGGGCCAAAUGAAUGUCAGACCAUAAGUGGUUUCCAGCUUUUGGUCAGAGUUAUCUUUCUUAUUACAUUAUUUUCAUCCAGCAUUUUGCUGGCUGUCUAAAGGUACACGGUCUACCUCAUUGUUUCAUGUCUGCUACUAAACUCCUGUCAUUCUAACCGCUGAUGGUAAACCAAAUAGAAUGCAGCUUUGGAGAUUGUGACUUAAAUUGGGAUUAAGUCAAAUCCUUUUUGCACUACAGUAUUUACACAGCAUUGCCAUUAGUUAUAAUAGACCCUAUUAAAGAGUAACUUAACACUUCCUGAAAAUGGUUAAUGACAGUUUUGGAAAAAACGUGAGACAUUUUGGAACACUUAGGUAUGGGGAGAAGGUGUUUCCAUAGCUGAUGGACUAGACUGGCCAUUAAAAUCUCUUGAAACUCUGACCAGACCCCAGCUGGAUGUGGUCAGUUGUACUUUAAGUCUUGCUUUGCGAGACGUAGCUCCACAGUGCUGUGGAAUAAGGCCUGGGUACACCACGUUCUGGGAUAGGAGGAAAAAAAAGCUCUGGGUUGUUUGCAUUUCUUUAAACCAAUCGCUAUGGCCUUGGGCGGCGCUAAGUUCUGGAUACAGCGACGAUGCCACAGCAUUGUCAAAAUAGUCUCAGAAAGGAACUUGUUUUGGUGAAACAUUUGCACCCUGCAAAAGUAAAAACCACAUACAAUAUUAAAGUAAUAGUUAACAGUUAAUAGUAAACUGACAAAACAAUAACAUGAGCUAUUUAAGUUAGCUGGAUACAUGGUUAAACGUAAUUUGCUCUUCCCAAUAUAUCGUUAGGUGUACUUUGUCCAUUGCAUUGUCCCCGCCAUUCGGUCUUGAAACGUCCCAGUUAGAUAGCAAAUGGAGGAAAACAGUCUUUGUUAACCUUUAAAAUCAUUCACCAAAAGAACCAAGCAGACCUGCCUUAUUGCACGAUUAAAAAUUUGCCAUUUUCAGCGUGUUACGUUAGCUUGCUAGCUCAGAGGUUGUUCAUGUUGUGAAGGGGCAACAGACUAGUUGUACUUAGGUGUGUGAUGUAGCAUGGCACUGCAGCUCCACGCUACAUCACAGCUGCUCAGUGUGCCAAAAAUCAUAUCACCACUAUUUGGCAUGGGUGUAGUUACUCGUUAAAGUCUCAAUCAGAGAGGGCAGCAAAAUACUGUUUUUUUUUUUCUUCAAGUUUCAACUUUUUUUGGGAGCUUAGUAAACUUUCCAUCUAUAGUAUAUACUCAUUGUAUUGGCUGCUGUGUAAGAAUACUGCUGUUUUACAAUUCCCUCAACUUGGAUUUGAUAGAAUUCCAAACAUAUGAUAUAUAUGAUAUGAUACUAAACUUAAUACAUCAAUAAGAUACUUGACCUGGACUGAGUUACUGAAGAGUCCAGCUAGCUCUCCUCUUGAUACUUGAAUAAAAUGAGGCAGAAUCAGACAUGAUGUUGCCAGUGGCAAGGCUGAUGUUUUUGCUUAUAUCUAGUGUGAUCCAUGUCUAGGUUGUUCUUUAAGACAUUACCUCCCUAUAACCCUUAGUAGGGUAAUAGUUCAGGAACACCAAGCCUGCACGGAGGAGCAUGUAGAACUAGCUAGCUAAUCAGUAUUUUACUCCCGUUUUACAGGAGAAGCUGACAUGACUUUUACACCCAAUUAAUAUAUAUGUAAAAUUAUUCUAAAGCCUUUUAAAAAAAAAAAAAAAAAAAUCAUACUAAUUUAUUUUCAUCCAAGAGUGCUGCCACUUAUCCCUCUGCUCCAGUUGAAGCCUCUCAGCAAAGAAUGUUCUAGUAGACCUCAAACAACUGCCAAAUGUCAUUCAAAGCUAUAUAUGACUUGAGAAUAUAAUUUGGGUAAGACAUUUUUAACACAGUCACUCGUAUUACUUUGUACAUAUAUGCUUGUCAUUGUCCUUAACAAUAAUUCACACAGUGUAACUAAUAUAUUUCAACACACGAGUAACAAUAUACAGUUACAUACUGUACAGGUACAUAGUAUUAUGAGGACUGAUGUAAACUGAGUUUUAUUUCCUUUGCCUUUGUAUUUUUUUAUUCUUUAUUUUUGUGCACAAUGAGCCUUUCAGAAGAGAGGCCCAUUGUUAUUCCUAUCUAUGCCAAAACCAAUGCAAUGUUACUCUGCACUAAUCAUGUGUAAGAUGCAUUAUUUUUUAUAUUCAGUUUAAUCUCUCUUUGAAUAUAUGUUCCAUAUUUUAUAUUGUAUCUUUUUAGAUUUUUAUUUACUACAGUCAGUCGCUGGUUGGAAAAAACAACUCCACUCUUGGGCUCAUCUCAGGAAUUGCCAAUCUGAAAACUCAGGGAAUACUUCAGAUUGAUUGGAAGGAGUCAAGGAGUGUUUAUUCAAAACAAAGUAGAGACUGCAUAGGACAAAGAUGCCAAGUAAAAUGGGUUUGAGAAUGUCUUGGCGCAGCAAUUUCUAAAACUAAGAUUGUGGCCCCAAAAAAAGCAAUGACUACAAACGAUGUGAAAAAUUAAGAUUCACAAGCUUUUUGACUCUUACACUUUGUCAACUUUCCAUUCACCCACGGUGAUGAUGUUCUUUAUAUUUUCUCUUCUUUGACAUAAAUUAACAUGAUAUGAAGAAAUUUGUCCGCUAUUAUUGUAUUUUUUUCCUCCUAUAAUCGUUGUAGAUGGGGAUGUAGUAGAAUAUUGUUAAAGGGAUUGGGGCUAGUAGUAUAUAAUCCAGGGUUGUCUCACCACAACACAUAGCCAAUACUUGGUGUUUUCAGACUAUCAAUGCUUAAGACAAAAAGAAUGUGUCAUGGAUUACUUAACAAAUACUGUUUCAUAAUUUGCUGUUACGUGGUGUUUGUAUAAAUUUAAUAAUUAUUUAAAAAAAAAACUUGAUAAUUACACUCAGGAUAUGAAAGGAUGGAAAGAUUGUUCAAGCAAAUGCUCUGAUGAGAUGGAAUAGUUCACUUUUCUGUGUAUUUUUUUAUGUUGGAUUUACCACUUAGGAUAUACUGUCACUGCAAUCAUAACACUUUCCCUCGAUUUUAAAAGGGCACACACGGGACUUUUGUUAUCAAUCUCUGUAAUGAACUUUCUUAAAAGUCCUUGAAACCACUGACUAACUGAUCUGUUAAACUCUUAAUUGGAAUGUGACACCCACGAUUUAGAUACAGGUUGAAUAAAAGUAUUGUAAUGUUUGCAACAUUCUGCUGUACUUUAGCGAUGUUUUCAAAGUAUCAUUUGGAAACUAAAGUCCAUGAAAGACAUUCUGAUUGCAACAACCUUGAACAUCCUAAGACUUGUAAGACUAUGUGCUCAGGGCAACAUUUGAGGCACAUCAAAGCAUUCUGCAUCACAGUAUGUGUGCUUUUCAUGGUACAACUUGUUUGUGACCAUCAUCCAUUUAAUUGAUGGUGGUGUGUCUUAUCAGGUAAAUGGCUUGAGCUACUUCCAAAAAAAAUGUGCAUUAAUUACUGAUGAAUGUUUCAAUGUUUACUGCCAUAAAACUACAUUUAUCUUGAUCCAUCUUGAUUUAAUGGCUAGUUUGUCAAUGAUGAGCAGCAUGUAGGCUUUUCAAAGUAUUACUGUGAUUAUGUUU